GAUAAUCAUUCUAAUGGCUUCGUCAGAAAACGGAGAGUCUCCCCUUAUUCGCGAUGACACGACAGCAUCCAGAAAGGAAGAGCGCCGCUCUCACAGGGGCUUGUCGACUGACCGCGAAAGCCCCUUGGCGAGAACUUCGUUCUCGCCAAGGGGCUUCGCUGCCUGCGACCCGAGAAGAGGUCUUCAUCGAUAUUUGGUCUUAAUUUUGAUGUGUUUUCUUAGUUUCGGAAGUUACUAUGUUUAUGACAACCCGGCUGCAUUACAGAAACAUAUGAAAGAUGACUUAGAUUUAAGUACCAGUGAAUUCAUGAUGAUGUACUCGCUUUAUUCUUGGCCGAAUGUUAUACUCUGUUUCUUUGGUGGAUUUUUACUUGACAGCGUCUUUGGAAUUAGGUUAGGAACUAUUCUCUUUAGCUGUAUAGUGGUUGUAGGGCAGUGCAUAUUUGCUCUUGGUGCAAGUCUUGGUGGACAUGUUGGCUAUAUUGUAAUGUGUACUGGUAGAUUUGUAUUUGGCCUUGGUGGGGAGAAUUUAGCUGUGGCUCAGAAUACAUAUGCAGUGAGUUGGUUUAAAAACAGAGAACUAAAUAUGGUGUUUGGACUUCAACUAAGUUUUUCUAGAGUGGGAAGUACAGUGAAUAUGAAUAUAAUGGGGCCUAUAUACGACUUAGUCAGUAAUGCUACUGGUUGGGAAGGAUAUCGAGUACUGGGAAUCGCUCUCUGGGUCGGUGCUGGGAUGUGCGUUUUGUCGUUGAUAUGCGCCAUUGUGUUGGCGUUCUUUGAUAAAAGAGCAUCACGAAUAUUAAAGAAGGAAGAUAGUAAAACCGGGGAGGUUAUAGCAUUGACUGAUAUUAAACACUUUCCAGCUGAAUUAUGGCUAAUAUUUUUCAUAUGUGUGUCCUAUUACGUCACUAUUUUCCCUUUUAUUGACCUUGGAGUCGUAUUUUUUGAAGAGAAAUUUGACCUGAGUCCGAAUGAAGCAAGUGCUGUGAACAGCCUGGUGUAUAUUCUAUCUGCUGUAGCCUCUCCUGUGUUGGGUUUCAUUGUAGACAGAACUGGUAGAAAUGUUUUCUGGAUAUUUGUUGCUGUGACAUGUACACUUGGAGCUCAUAUGAUGUUGGCUUUUUCAUUUUUUAAUCCAUACAUUGCAAUGGUUCUUAUGGGGCUGGCAUAUUCCUUAUUAGCAUGCGCAUUAUGGCCAUUGGUGGCAUUUGUCGUACCUGAAAAUCAGCUUGGAACAGCGUAUGGAUGUAUGCAGUCCAUUCAGAAUCUAGGUCUUGCUGUCAUUGCUAUUGUGGCUGGACAAAUGGUAGAUGUUAAAGGUUAUCUGUUAUUGGAAGUUUUCUUUCUUGCCUGGCUCUGUGUUGCACUGAUAUGUGUAGUUUUACUUUACUUGAUUGAUGCCUCAAGAGGAGGUGCUCUUAAUAUGUCAGCAGCGGAAAGAAACAAGCGUGCAACAGAAGCUGCUAAGGUUGGUUUGCCAGAUAAGGAACCUGAUGAAGCUGUUAGUCCACUUAAACCACAAUCUGAUUUCCAUCUUAGAAACAGAUAUCUUUCACGUAUUGGCGCCAAGCUUCCAGAUAACUACACUUCACAUCUGUCUACCCUGUCAAGAAGAGGUGUUCUUCAGUAAUUAUCUUACAAAGAAGACAUGGUUAAAACUACAUCCUGGCUGAAAAAGCUCAUUUUGUGAUAAAUUCACUGAAGCUUUAAUGUUCAGCGAGUGACUGUCAUUCAUCACGAAUAUGCUGAAUUAUCAAAGGUUUCUAUACUCUGUCAUUAAUUUCUAGCACUGGGGUGGGGUAUAUUAAAAUCCUGUAACUAAGACCUUCUUGUUAUGUUUUCUACACAGAGGCUACAUCAUAUUUUUGCGCAUGAAUAAAUUGAUAUGAAAAUUAAAUAUAUUGAAA